UUUCUUCCCACAUCUUUCAGUCUCAUCGUAAGUUCUCGGCUCCCAGGCAUGGCUCCUUGGGCUUCCUGCCUCGCAAAAGGAGCCGUAGGCACAGGGGCAAAGUGAAGAGCUUCCCCAAGGAUGACCCCAGCAAGCCUGUCCAUUUGACCGCCUUCUUGGGGUACAAGGCUGGCAUGACCCACAUUGUGCGGGAUGUUGACAGACCUGGAUCGAAGGUGAAUAAGAAGGAGGUGGUAGAGGCAGUUACAGUGGUUGAAACUCCUCCAAUGGUAAUCGUUGGUCUUGUUGGCUAUGUUGAGACUCCACGUGGUCUUCGUGCUUUUAAAACUAUCUUCGCGGAACAUAUCAGUGAUGAAUGCAAGAGGCGCUUCUACAAGAACUGGUAUAAGUCCAAAAAGAAGGCUUUCACAAAGUAUUGCAAGAAGUGGCAAGAUGAGGAUGGCAAGAAGCAGCUGGAGAAGGACCUGAACAGUAUGAAGAAAUACUGCCAAGUUAUUCGCAUCAUUGCUCACACGCAGAUGCGCCUGCUCCCUUUGCGCCAGAAGAAAUCCCACAUCAUGGAGAUCCAGUUGAAUGGAGGAACAAUUGCGGAUAAAGUUGACUGGGCAAGAGAAAAGCUGGAACAGCAGGUUUCCAUCAGUUCGGUGUUCGGUCAAGAUGAGAUGAUUGACGUCAUUGGUGUAACAAAGGGCCAUGGCUUCAAGGGGGUGACAAGCCGAUGGCACACAAAGAAACUGCCAAGGAAGACUCACAAAGGUCUACGUAAGGUUGCUUGUAUUGGAGCCUGGCAUCCUGCCCGCGUGGCUUUCUCUGUUGCUCGUGCUGGUCAGAAAGGUUACCACCACCGCACAGAGAUCAACAAGAAGAUCUACCGUAUUGGAGCAGGCUACCAAACCAAGGAUGGCAAGUUGGUCAAGAACAAUGCUUCUACUGAAUAUGAUCUGACAGACAAGAGCAUCAAUCCUCUGGGAGGAUUUCCGCACUAUGGUGAAGUGACCAAUGACUUCCUGAUGGUGAAAGGCUGUGUGGUUGGUACCAAGAAGCGUGUGCUCACGCUGCGCAAGUCACUGUUGGUUCAAACAAGCCGUCGUGCUUUGGAGAAGAUAGAUUUGAAAUUCAUUGACACCUCCUCCAAGUUUGGUCAUGGCCGCUUCCAGACUAUUGAAGAGAAGAAGGCAUUCAUGGGACCACUGAAGAAGGACAGAAUUGCAAAGGAAGAAACUGCAUAAACAAUAGGCCAAUUUUGACUUUGGUGCUGCAAUGAUUGUAAUUCAAUAAAUGUUUAAAGCAAGUUACAUCAUUAAAAAGCAAGUUACAUCA